AUGGCUCCCCUCAAAGUCGGCGAUUCCUUCCCUGAAGGCGUCAAGUUCGAAUGGGCGCCCAUUACCGACUCUGACCCCACUGCCUGCGGCCGCCCCCAAGAGUACGACGCCAGCAAAGAAUGGGCCAACAAGAAGGUGGUUCUCUUCUCCGUCCCCGGCGCCUUUACCCCCGGCUGCCAGGCCUUCCAUCUCCCCCCUUACAUUCAGAAGGCGGGCGAGUUCCGCCAAAAGGGCGUUGACAUUAUUGCCACUAUUGCCAGCAACGACGCCUGGGUGAUGAAUGCUUGGGGCAAGGUGAAUGGUGUCAAAGGCGAUGAGGUCCUGUUCUUGAGUGACACGAAGACAUUCUUCUCCAAGGAGCAUGGAUGGCAGGCGGGCAUGGGGGACCGCAAUGGCAGGUGGGCUAUGGUCAUUGAUCACGGCAAGAUCACCUAUGCAGAUAACGAGAAGAGCCCCGGGGAGGUUACUGUCUCUUCAGCCGACGCUGUUCUCGCCAAGUUGUAG